ACAAGGCCUAUGUAUUCGUCGCUUCGGCUGUAACGAAGGUCCUCAUUUCUUUCUUGUGUUAUAUUGGUGCCUUUUAAGAAUUUGCAGUAAUUAAAAUUAAUUAAAUAUAAAAUAAGUAUGUUUGCUUCUUCCAGCUUCAACCUCUCCAACCCCAAUCUACGUACCACUCUCGCUGCUUCGAAUUCGAUCAUCCCCGAAUCUCCAAACCCCCGAACCCUCUCUCUCCAUACCCAACUCGAGACUCCUCACGAGCCCGACUCUGACUCAGAUAAUCAGGCCCCCAAGUUCAAGGGCAGUCCUCAGCUGAAGCGAUGGUCAAGGGCCCGUGCCAUUCGCUCCGGUCGAAAAUUGGACCGCUCUACUCAUCGCUCCCAAGCUCUCCAAUUAGAUCGGCAAAUUCAGCUCAUAGAAAGCGCCGAGCUUGAGCCUGCAACCGCUGCUGGAGCUGGAGCCGAUACAGACGUGGCGGCUUCGUCGUCGAAAUCGAUUUACAUGAUCUCCGAUGGAACUGGAUGGACGGCGGAACAUUCAGUUAGCGCAGCGUUGGGGCAGUUCGAGCACUGUUUGGUGGACCGUGGGUGUCCUGUUCAGACCCACUUGUUUUCCGGGAUUGAUGAUGUAGAGCCGUUAAUGGAGAUUGUGAAGCAAGCAGCGAAAGAGGGUGCUAUGGUGGUAUACACUUUGGCUGAUCCUUCCAUGGCCGAAGCUGCAAAGCAAGCCUGCAAGUUGUGGGGUCUACCGUCGACUGACAUAUUGGGCCCCAUCACAGAGGCUAUAGCUUCUCAUCUUCGUGUCUCGCCAUCCGGCCUGCCACGUGGGGCUCCUGGCCGGAAUAUCCCCCUCUCCGACGAGUACUUCCGGAGGAUAGAAGCCAUCGAGUUCACCAUCAAGCAGGACGAUGGGGCUUUGCCUCAGAAUUUGCACAAGGCUGAUAUUAUUCUUGCGGGUGUCUCUCGUACUGGGAAGACGCCAUUAUCGAUUUAUCUUGCUCAAAAGGGCUACAAAGUGGCAAAUGUGCCCAUUGUUAUGGGCGUUGAUUUGCCCAAAACGCUUUUCCAGGUUGACCCAGAAAAGGUUUUUGGUUUGACUAUAAACCCAUUAGUGUUGCAGACUAUUAGGAGGGCCAGAGCUAAGACUUUGGGGUUUACUACAGAAGUGGGGAAUAUUAAUUACUCAGAAAUGAGUUAUGUUAGAAGGGAGCUUGAAUUCGCUGGCAGGAUUUUUUCCCAGAAUCCUGUUUGGCCUGUAAUCGAAGUAACAGGAAAAGCAAUAGAAGAAACUGCUGCCGUUGUAUUGAGGCUUUAUCAGGAUAGGAAGCACAGAUGCACAAUGCCGAGAAUCUCAAAGCGUUACUAAAGCUGGUUAUGUGUUAUCUUAAAGCUUUAAGGAUGCAAAAGAGCCAUCUACCUAGUCCUCGAUAUGAGAUGAUGUUGAAAUUUGCUCUGCUUUUCAUACUGUCAUACCCAGGGUUAUAACAUCAUAUUCUGAAAAUUGUAACUGUCUAUAUUGUAUCAUAUCAGAUAAUUCAAUACAAGUAUACUGCAUACUGUAUGCUAUUGACUGUUGUUUUUAAUGUGCUUGACUCAAAUAAUAUAUAGCUCGCCAGAAGAUAGCCUUCAUAUAGGGAA